AUGGCGUCUUUAUUUGAUUUAUCUGAGGGAAACUUCAUUGUGAAAGGUGUUCCAUUGUUCCGUGAUGUUCCACAAAAUAUUUCUUUUAGUCCUUUUUCUUCAAUAUGCAAACCCUCUGAACCAAAUGUCCCACCUUCACUUCUUCAAAGAGUUUUUUCUCUUUCUCACAAAGGUGGUUUCUUUGGAUUCUCCAAUGAAAUCCCUUCUGAUAGGUUGAUGAAUUCAUUGGGUAGUUUUACUGGAAAAAACUUUCUAAGUGUCUUCAGGUUCAAAACAUGGUGGUCAAGUCAAUGGGUGGGAAAUUCUGGUUCCGAUUUGCAAAUGGAAACUCAAUGGCUUCUCAUUGAAAUUCCUAAAAUCAAAUCUUAUGUUGUAAUCAUUCCUAUCAUUGAAAAAUCUUUUAGGUCUGCACUUCAUCCCGGUUCUGAUGGUCAUGUCAUGAUUUGUGCUGAAAGUGGUUCAACAAAAGUGAAAGCAUUGAAUUUCAAUGCUAUUGCUUAUGUUCAUUUGAGUGAAAAUCCUUAUAAUUUGAUGAAAGAAGCUUAUAGUGCUAUAAGGGUUCAUCUAAACACUUUUAAGCUUUUAGAAGAAAAAGUGCUUCCAAAUAUAGUUGAUAAAUUUGGUUGGUGCACAUGGGAUGCUUUCUACUUAACUGUGGAUCCUAGUGGUAUUUAUCAUGGUCUUGAUGAUUUUUCGAAAGCUGGUAUCGAGCCGAGGUUCGUCAUUAUUGAUGAUGGAUGGCAAAGUAUUAGUUUGGAUGGGUGUGAUCCCAAAGAGAAUGCUAAGAAUCUUAUUCUUGGUGGCGAACAAAUGGGUGGAAGACUUAAUAGGCUCAACGAAGGUGACAAGUUCAAGAAAUAUGAAAGUGGGUUAUUAUUAAACCCUAAUUCACCUCCUUUUAAUGCUAAGAGAAUCAAGGACUUGAUUUCAAAGGGAAAUCAACAUAAGCUUUUGAGGAAACAAAGAGAUGAAGCUGUCUUAUCAAAGAGUUCUGAUUUGGCUGAAAUUGAUUCAAAUAUCAAGAAAUUAAAGGAAGAAAUUGACGUUCUCUUUGGUGUAGAAGAAUGUAACAAUGUUCCAAAAAGUGAAUGUAGAACUUUGAAUGGAAUGAAGGCUUUGACAAGGGAUUUGAGGAUAAAGUUCAAAGGUUUGGAUGAUGUUUAUGUUUGGCAUGCACUUGUUGGUGCCUGGGGUGGUGUGAGACCAGAAACUACACACCUUAAAUCCAAGAUUGUUCCUUGCAAACUUUCACCCGGACUUGAUGGGACAAUGCUUGAUCUUGCUGUUGUUAAAAUUGUUGAAGGUUCAAUUGGGCUAGUUCAUCCUGAUCAAGCCACUGAUUUUUAUGAUUCCAUGCACUCUAAUCUUGCUCAUUCGGGUAUCACAGGGGUCAAAGUUGAUGUCAUUCAUUCUCUUGAAUAUGUGUGUGAAGAAUAUGGAGGCAGAGUCGACCUUGCCAAAGCUUAUUAUGAAGGUUUGACAAAAUCCAUUGUCAAGAAUUUUAAUGGAAAUGGAAUCAUGGCUAGCAUGCAACAAUGUAAUGACUUUUUCUUCCUUGGAACAAAGCAAGUUGCCAUGGGAAGAGCUGGGGAUGAUUUUUGGGUCAAAGGUCCUGAAGGUGACCCAACAGGAGAAUAUUGGCUACAAGGGUUACACAUGAUUCAUUGUUCUUAUAAUAGCUUAUGGAUGGGACAAAUUAUUCAACCUGAUUGGGACAUGUUCCAAUCAAAUCAUGUUUGUGGAAAAUUUCAUGCUGGUUCAAGAGCUAUUUGUGGUGGUCCUAUUUACUUGAGUGAUCAUGUUGGAUUUCAUGACUUUGAUUUGAUUAAGAAACUUGUGUUCCCUGAUGGCACAAUUCCCAAAUGCGUACAAUUUCCCUUCCCAACUAGAGAUUGUCUUUUCAAAAACCCUUUAUUUGACCAUACAACUGUCCUCAAAAUUUGGAACUUCAACAAGAAUGGAGGAGUGAUUGGUGCUUUCAACUGUCAAGGAGCAGGUUGGGACACAAAACUGCACAAAUUUAGGGGCUUUCCUGAAUGCUACAAAACCAUGACUGGUUCUGUUCAUGUAACUGAUAUUGAAUGGGAUCAAAACAAAGAAGCAACCGAUUUUGGUAAGGCUGAAGAGUAUGUAGUCUACUCCAAUCAAGGUGAAAAACUUUGUUUGAUGACUCCAAAAUCUGACCCAAUCAAAUUCAUCAUUCAACCAUCCACUUUUGAGAUAUACAAUUUUGUACCAAUCACAAAGCUUGGUGGCAACAUCAAAUUUGCUUCAAUUGGACUGACAAACAUGUUCAAUAGUGGUGGAACAAUUCUGAAUAUGGAAUAUACUGAAAGGUGUGCUAAGAUUAGGGUUAAAGGUGGUGGAAACUUUCUUGCUUAUUCAAGUGAAUCUCCAAAGAAAUUUGAAUUGAAUGGUUCUAAAGUGGCUUUUGAGUGGUUUAGUGAUGGAAAAUUGUUCAUCAAUCUUUCUUGGAUUGAAGAGGCUGGUGGAAUUUCUGAUUUGAUAAUUUUCUUUUAG